UUCUGACCGUGAACUUGACCUCUUGCACUCAUCAUCAUGCCUCCGAAAGCUGAUUGGGAAAAAUACGAGAAGAAGGUCGACGAGAAGGAGGAAAAGAUUGUCGCUCUCGAUGACAGCGAUAUUCAAAUCCUGAAGACUUAUGGACAAGGCCCUUAUGCACAUACCCUGAAGAAAGUCGAGUCUGACAUCAAGGAUAUACAAAAGCGCAUCAAUGAGAAACUAGGCGUCAAGGAAUCCGACACUGGUCUCGCUGCCCCGAAUUUGUGGGAUCUUGCCGCCGAUAGGCAGAGGAUGUCCGAAGAACACCCUUUACAAGUUGCACGGUGUACAAAGAUAAUACCUGUCGACCCCAAAUUGGCAGAAGCCGCCAAAGCCGUAAACCCACUGGGAGCUAUGCAAGGUCAAAAGGGUGCAGAUGAACAAGACAAGUAUGUUAUCAACAUCCGACAGAUAGCCAAGUUUGUUGUUGGACUAGGCGAUCGGGUGGCUCCUACAGACAUUGAAGAGGGUAUGCGCGUUGGUGUCGACCGGACAAAGUACCAAAUACAGAUCCCCCUUCCGCCGAAAAUUGACGCCUCCGUCACAAUGAUGCAAGUCGAGGAGAAACCGGAUGUCACGUAUUCAGACGUUGGGGGUUGCAAAGAGCAGAUCGAAAAGCUUCGAGAAGUUGUCGAGACACCUCUUCUAUCACCUGAGCGCUUCGUUAAUCUUGGCAUCGAUCCUCCGAAAGGCGUUCUCCUCUUUGGACCUCCAGGAACCGGCAAAACGUUAUGUGCUCGUGCGGUCGCGAAUCGAACAGACGCGACGUUCAUCCGUGUCAUUGGAUCUGAGCUCGUCCAGAAAUACGUCGGUGAAGGUGCGCGUAUGGUUCGGGAGCUGUUCGAAAUGGCCAGGAGUAAGAAGGCUUGCAUCAUUUUCUUUGAUGAAGUUGAUGCUAUUGGUGGUGCACGUUUUGAUGAUGGUGCUGGUGGAGACAACGAGGUGCAGCGGACCAUGCUGGAGCUAAUCAACCAACUGGACGGUUUCGAUCCGAGAGGGAACAUCAAGGUGCUUAUGGCUACCAACCGACCGGAUACCCUGGACCCUGCACUUAUGCGACCUGGACGAUUAGAUCGUCGGAUAGAGUUCUCCUUGCCAGAUAACGAAGGACGAGCCCACAUCCUCAAGAUCCACGCUCGAAGUAUGAGUGUUGAGAGAGACAUUCGUUUCGAUCUCAUUGCUCGGCUAUGUCCCAAUACAACUGGUGCUGAACUGAGAUCCGUGGCAACAGAGGCUGGGAUGUUCGCCAUCCGUGCCCGGCGGAAGGUGGCCUCGGAACGCGAUUUCCUGGAUGCCGUAGAGAAAGUUGUCCGGCAGGGCACCAAAUUUUCCAGCACACGAGCGCCGCCAGCAACGUCGGCAGAGAUUAGUCAAUUGCUGGCUCGUUACGAUGCUGCUUCGCCGCCAUCGUCUCUAAACCUGUCUCAAUUGAUAUCCUUUGGUCGACCAUUGACUGCAGAAUCCGUUCUCCAGUCAAGCGAAUUUGUUUUAUCCGAAAUUCCGCGAGGCCUCGCAUUCCGUAUCCAUUCGUUGGAGACGCUGCCGUUCAUCGUUGGCACUAAUCCCUUCAUAGCGAGUACUUUGAACGCCCACCGCGAAAGCUUCCAAUUCCUUGCAAAUUAUCCCAUUCCUAGGACCAUAGAAGACAAUGCAAUCCUCGCAGAAGAGCUGAAGAUGUUGGUGGAGAGCCACGCAAAUGAUAUUCCAACAAUGGCGAAGGGGUUUCAGGAAUGCUCUCGAUAUCUAUCACCGACUCAAGUUAGUCAUUUCCUCGACGGCGCCAUUCGAAACCGGAUAUCGGUGCGGUUGAUGGCAGAGCAGCAUAUCGCACUAUCAGACGCGCUCAAAAGCCAGGAUCAUACCGGCCAAGUAGGAGUUAUUGAUAGAAAGUGUUCUCCUGCAGGCAUGAUUCACAGCUGUGGUUCUUUUGUCAAAGAGCUGUGUGAAGCGACAUUAGGCGCCAGUCCAACCAUUUCGAUUAACGGAGUCGUCGAUGCCACCUUUCCUUACGUGCCCGUGCACCUGGAGUAUAUAUUAACAGAGAUUCUCAAGAACUCCUUCCGCGCGACCGUCGAACACUAUAGCAGGCAAUCUCAAUCCUCCAAGGCUCUCCCUCCUGUCGUUAUUACUCUAUCCCCUCCGCCAGCUGCGCCAGUUCCUGGUCCGAAGUACUUUUCUGUGCGAAUCCGCGACCAGGGGGGCGGGAUAUCUCCUACAAACAUGCUACGCAUAUUUUCGUAUGCGUUUACUACUGCUGGCAGAAACGCCGAUGAAGAUGAUAGCGGCGGUGGACCAUAUGCUGCACAAUACAUCGGAGGUAGCGCUGCCAUCGGGGAUGCAAAUGGUGAAGGCAGUCUAUUCGGUGAGAUAACUAAGAAAGGUCUACAAACGGGUAUGGGAACCAUUGCAGGCCUGGGCUAUGGUUUACCGAUGAGUAAGCUCUACGCCAAGUAUUUCGGUGGUACGCUGGAUUUGAAAUCACUGGAAGGAUGGGGUGAGCCACAAUGUUGGCCCGCUGUUGAACCCUUUUCGCUGAUGUAUACACUAGGUAGCGAUGUCUUUUUGAAGCUUCGAUGCCUGGACGAGUCCAUUUAGAUUGGCAAAUGGUCCGAGCGGGGGCCGCUUGCAUUUUUGUGUGCUGAGUAUCUCAGUUACAGCUACCUGCAUACAACGAUAUUUGCCUGAAUAUCCUGACUGUUUGUAUCCUAAGGUUCUGUGAUAUAACUACACUGUGGUUAACUCGUGACGAUCUAUCUUGAGCCUGUUUUUACUAGAUCGGAAGUCCUUCUUUUCUUUGCUCAAGAAGUAGGGUUGUAAAUCCCAAAUCAGAUGCCAGUGGGCUUCGCU